AAAUAUGCACAAUAUUGCAUCACUUGGCAGCACUGAUUAUUGUUUACAAAUAAAUGGCAUAACUGCCAUAUUUUUUUGUAAAACGACAUUUUAGUUUGUGAUGCAUUUUUGAAGUAAUGAUGUGCAUGAUUUUAAAAUGGAAAGUUCCGACGAAGAUAUUGCAUUUAGCACUACACAAGAAUUAAUAAUAAGAACGAGGCUGGAAAUGGAACCAGAUUUCCAGGAAGGAAGAAAAAAUAGAACAAUUUUAUGGGAAAAUGUGCUGUCAAAAAUUAAAGAAACCCAACCGGACUUUAAAAUGACAAAGGAUCAAAUAAGCCGAAAAUUUUUAAAUUUAAUGACAACUUAUAGACGGAUAAAAGAUCGUAGUAGUAAGACAGGUCGUAAUGCUACUUCCUGGGAAUUUUUUAAAAUGUUUGAUGAAGUUUAUGGUAAACGAUACUGUGAAAAACCACCACCCUUAAGAAGUUUGCGCAAAAUUUAUGAUCCUUAUUAUAUUAAGGAAACCAAAGAAGUAGCCGUUGAAAAACCUCAGUCACGUAUACUACAACCUAGUGAGCGCUGCGAAGAUGUCAUCUUUGGUGAACUUGUAUCAGCCAUGUUAAAGCGUAUGGAUGAGAAUAGGAAAAAGCAUGCGAAAAAAGAAAUAAUGAAUAUUUUGUGCUCAUAAGUAUUUAUUGAUAUCAUAAAAAUUUUGAUAUCAAAAAAAUUUUAUUAUUUUAAAGUUCUUGUUUGUAUUUUAAAGUUUUUUUUUAACCGAUCUAAUUUAUAAUCAAAUCCAAAUAAUGCAAAUUCUAAUUAUUUAUGGAGUUAAAUUAAGUUUGUUUAUUUUUUUUAAUAUUUAAUUGUUCAAUUCACAAUCGAUGUUGUAUCGUUGUAUGUCAUAAAAAGAAAUCAUUAAUAAGACAAAAUAAUACAAACUACGAUACAACCGCACAACACCAAUUGUGAAUUGCGCAAAUAAUUUAAAAAUUUUUUAUUCUAAAGUAUUUAAAUAAAUCGAUUUAAGUUUUUUUUUUAUAAAAACCAACUAAAUUAAAUUUUUCAACAAAAAUUCUGUUUUAAAUAGAUUUUUUCUAAGAAACUGAAACCUA